AUGGAUAAGUCGUGGAUUUGGCUUCCAAGGAAUAGCCACGAGUAUUCAGAAGGAGCAACUAAUUUUGUGAAUUCGUCCGCAAAAAGAUUGGGAAGUCUGUCUGAAAUGCUAUGCCCUUGUAGAGACUGCCGCAAUCUGAGCCAUCAGUCACUGGAUAAAAUUGUGGAGCAUUUGGUGAUUAGGGGUAUGGAUAAGAAGUAUAAGAGUUCUCGUUGGAGUAUUCAUGGAGAAAAAAGAGAUUCUGCAGAAGACAGUGUUCUUCAAUAUGAAACAGAGGCGUUUGAUUUGUUUAAGACAACAUUCUCCAUGGACGAAGGUGGUCCAAACCCGACAACUGACAACGAAGACGAUGAAGCACCAGAGGAAAUUGAGUUUAAGAAAAAGCUCAGAGACGCUCAAACGCCAUUAUACUCGGAUUGUCUCAAGCACACAAAGGUUUCAGCUAUCAUGGGACUUUACAGAUUCAAGGUUAAAAGUGGUGUGUCGGAGAACUACUUUGAUCAGCUGUUGGUUUUACUUGAGGAUUUGCUACCUGAAGACAAUGUUCUUCCCAAGAGUUUAGCUGCAAUCAAGAAAUUUCUGAAGAUCUUUGGGUUCGGCUACGACAGUAUUCAUGCUUGCAAGAAUGAUUGCAUAUUGUAUAGGAAGGAGUAUGAGAACCUAGAAAGCUGUCCAAGAUGCAAAGUUUCAAGAUGGGAAAUGGAUAAGCACAGUAAUGAGUUAAAGGUGGGGAUUCCGGCAAAGGUCCUUAGAUAUUUUCCAAUCAAGGACAGAUGGUACAAUGCGGCCCCUGUUGAUUCUAUCUCUUGGGCACAAGUGAAUGCUAAAUGGCCAGACUUUGCUGCUGAUCCACGGAAUCUUCGACUUGGGAUUUCUACAGAUGGGAUGAACCCUUUCUCCAUGCAAAGCACCAAUCACAGCACAUGGCCAGUGUUGUUAGUGAACUAUAACACGCCUCCAACCAUGUGUAUGAAGGCUGAGAAUAUAAUGCUGACUUUGUUGAUCCCUGGUCCUACUGCUCCUGGUAACAACAUUGAUGUUUACCUAGCACCACUGAUAGACGAUCUAAAGGAUUUGUGGGCUGAGGGUAUUGAAGUGUAUGACUCAUUUGCGAAGGAGAACUUUAAUCUCAGAGCCUUGCUGCUUUGGAGUAUCAGUGACUAUCCAGCCUUAGGAACACUGUCUGGAUGUAAAGUAAAGGGGAAACAAGCCUGCAAUGUAUGUGGAAAGGAUACACCUGCAAGGUGGCUUAAGUUUAGCCGCAAGUUUGUCUACAUGAGUAACAGAAGGAGACUACCGCCUGGCCAUCGUUACAGAUAUAAAAAAGCUUGGUUUGACAACACUGUGGAGGAAGGGAAUGCUAAUAGGAUACAAACAGGCGCUGAGAUAUAUGAGACACUACAAGCUUUUACGAAUGAUUUUGGUAGACCUCUAGAGAAGGAAAAAAAAAGGAAAAGACUAGAGUUGGAAGAUGAUGAGAGGUUACAAGAAGAAGAGUGUGAAGAAUCAAAUGAACUAUGGCGGUGGAAGAAGAGAUCAAUAUUCUUUGAUCUACCUUACUGGAAGGAGUUGCCUGUUCGUCACAAUAUUGAUGUUAUGCACGUAGAAAAGAAUGUGUCCGAUGCUAUAUUGUCUCUGUUGAUGCAAAGUGCGAAGUCAAAAGAUGGGUUGAAAGCAAGAAAAGACUUAGAAGAUAUUGGAAUCAGAAAGCACUUGCACACAGAGGUGAGGGGAAAGAAAACAUACUUACCUCCUGCUGCCUACUGGUUAUCGAAGAGAGAGAAGACCAUUUUCUGCCAAAGGUACAUGAAAACACUAAAGGCUUUUGUUAAGAAUUAUGCAAGGCCAGAAGCAUGUAUGGCUGAGGCGUAUUUAGCUGGAGAAUGUGUUGCAUUUUGUUUAGAGUUCCUUAAAGAAUCAGUACCAGUUCAAGAAGCAGUUAAUCGUAAUGAAGAUGUUGAGGCUGAUAGAAUGGUGGUUGAAGGCCGACCUCUGCAGAAGGGUAUAGAGGUUACCCUGUCAGAUAAAGAUAGAGACAUUGCACAUCGAUAUGUGCUAAUGAACAUGGCAUCUUUGGAUCCCUUUCUUGAGUAA